AUGAAUAAAGACGAAAUAUUAUAUUAUUAUAAAGUUUUGAGAUUAAAUGAACGGGCAACUGAUGGAGAAAUUAAAAAAACUUAUAGAAAAUUGAUUUUGAUUUGGCAUCCAGAUAAAAAUAUCAAUAAUAAAGAGGAAUCUGAAAAAAAGACAAAAGAGAUCACUGAAGCAUUUAGAAUAAUUACAGAAUAUAGAGAAAAAUUUAAAAAAACAAAAGUUCCAAAAUCAAAAAAUACAAAACCGAAAAAAACAAACCCAAAACCAAGAAAACCAAGACAAACAAAAUCAAAACAGACAAAACCAAAACAAACUAAAUCUAAACAAGAUAAUCAAAAAAAAUCUACAAAGACUGAUCCAAAUACAACAAAAGUAGAAGUUGAUAAGGAGAUAUUAAAUUUUCUUCGUGCAUUUUUGAAUUCAUAUCAUGAUUCAAAAUAA